AUGGAUUCUGGAGCGAUUAAAUCGGCCAAGGCAUUGCCAACACCUCUGCUGCUGAAAGAUUUUUUGUUGGAAGAUUUGAGCUCGUGCUCGUCAGGCGGAUUUGAAUCAUAUCCCAGAAGGCGACACUGCACCACUACAGUUAGAUUUCUUAUCGAAAUUGACCUAAAAAACACGCAGCAGCAGCAGCAGAAGAAUAGAUACCUGAAUUUCAACAAAACUACGCCACCGCGUCUUCUGAAAAGCCCGUCGAAAUCAGCUCUCGCAGCGUUCUACACUUUCAUCACCGCGGUGAAACGUUUCCAAUGCAGCGCCACUCCACCGGAAAAUAAAAUGCUCAAGAAAUCAUCGAGUCUACGGCGUAGCCUCUGCCUCUCCAUGAAACUCAUUGAGAAAAGUAGUAGCUUCUGGAAGAGGAAACCGAAUCACAAAGGAAUCGAACAGUGGAAGUCUUUCGAACAGUUGCUCAAGGAGGACUCGGAGCCACCAGCCAUUUCCAGCAGCUUAACAACGGCGGCCGAAUUCGCUGCGCCGGGAGAGUUUCCCGGCGGUAAUUUCUCUUCGGGGGUAGAAUCGACUUUAACAUAUACGGAAAACGACGUCGUUGAGAUGCCGGCAAACGACGACGUUUCAGCUGACUCAAUUGCUACUAACGAGACUGCCAACUAUACAAAGAAGGAUCAAUUCAGCCCGGUAUCAGUUCUCAAUUGCCCCUUUGAAGAUGAACAUGAAGAAGAAGAGGUUGCCUCUCCUUUUCAACACAAUUUCACAAAUGCAGAAGGAACAAGAAAGCAGCAAACAGAAGGAAUUCAUAAACCAGAGAUCCAUUUUCAGCUUGAGCCAGUGAACUUAGCUGAAAGAUUUUCCCUUUUUCCGGACUCCGAUAACGAAUCUUCAUUACUGGAGACCACGUGGGCCAAAGAAGAGGACGAGGAAGAGGAAGAAGAGAGGCGAGUACAAGAUAAGGCAUUGCAUUUACUUAACCACAUGAAGGACACGACGCCUUCCUACGGCAUCAAAGCGAGGGCCGACAAGCUACUUCUCGACUUCUUCACCGAGCAAAUCAUGUUUCGAAAAUGUGGUGGAUACUCCUUCGAUGAGGAUGUUUUGGAGGAAGCAGAAAGUUGGAUCAUCGGGAGGGAGUGUCGCGAGUUGUUUCUUGAAUGGAAUGUGGCGAGUCGUAGGGAAGUGUAUGUGAAGGAUAUGGAGAAAGGAGGGGAAUGGAGGUCGAUGGUUCGGGAGAAUGAGGAGAUGGCUUUCGAGUUGGAGGGCGAAGUUUUGGCUACCCUUUUGAAUGAGCUGCUGGUAGAUCAUAUGUCAUUUCUAGAGGAACAAUGUGAGUGAAUCGCUAACGGCAUGUAUUAAUCGAGAAUGUAUAAAAAGAAAUGCGUACCUAAGUUCUUGCCGGCGUGACGUCCAAACACUGCAAAAGAAUCUCAAACUGUGUAAUUAUAGCAACGGAGAAAAAGAGUUCAAAGUUUUCC